AUGACGAAACACGUCUGCUCCAAUAAGAAGAAACUUGCCUUGAACCCUGAUCGGCGUCAAGAACGUCGAAACAUCAAGGAAACUGGUAUCAUCUUGGGCAUGGAAACAACCCAACUCAAUAAUUCCCUUUCUUUUCACGGCCUCCCUAAGCUCUGCCCCAAAACAACAUCUGAUCCCGGAUCAGACUUCGGCUCUGUCUUCAGUCGCUCACUACGAAAUAGCCCAGAUCCCGAAGCCAGUCACACUCCUGAACACAAGGAACCGAACUUAAGGAAACGUACCCUCAACUUCCACUCUGACUCUGACCUCGAUUCUUCGACUCCAAAGAAGCGCAUCGGUCCUUCGACUCCGAAACGCACUGAGACUGCGAGUCCCAAGAAACGCAUUCGUUCCCCCAGCUCCGACUCCGACGACCACCUGGUGAUCUCGGAAACCGAGAUGGUUAAGAGAAAGAACGAGGAAGACACACCAGACCAUCGGGGUACCGAUUUCAUUCCGGGCAUUCCCCCCGAUUAUCCAAACUACAAGGUUGAUGAAGGGACAUCAAUCAUCCGAUUUGUCGACUACGCGAUGUCGGCCGAUCUACUUCCCCAGCAUUUUGCACCUCCUCCCCUGCCUCCAAUUUACGACGAACCAAAGCUCCCAAAGUUCGCAAUCGGUUGGAUGCAAGGUGAACAACACACCUACAGACAUGGUAUGAUCUACGACAAUUCGAUUAUCCAUGUUUUCUGCCAGUUGCAAAUCAAGUCAAACCUCCAUCGAAUUGUUAACCAGUACGGCAAGAACAUUCCGAAGAACGAUCUUGAAUCUUAUGACACUUUGCCAGAAUUCAAGACAAAGCAUGACAUCAAGAAGAAAGUCCUGGAACUGAUACCGCUUUGGAUUGCCGAGGCUGAACAAGCUGUUGAGGACUUCGACAACGCAGUAAGCCUCUGGCAACAGCAAGUCGUCGACUGGGAAGUUGAUGCUCUCCGUGCAGCGCUAAAUCUGCCUGACGAUGUACUGGAGAAGUUGAAAGGCGAAGCAUUAAUCCAAGAUUGCAGCGAGUGGCAGGUCGGCUAUGGAAAGCCACCCGGCAGGGCCUUUCUGCACAACUGGGCGAACAAAGUCCAGGACCAGAUCAAGGCGAAGAAUUAUGUCAUCCCCGCUGGCAAAACCUUUCCCCAACGUAUCGAGAACGCGAAAAAGUUCCGUAAUGCCCUUCACAAGGAAGUUCGCACGGACGAGGAGGCAAGAAACAGAGCCAAGAAACGCAACGACUCUGACUCUGACGAGGAAUUCAUACGCCCGUCAUUUGACGAAGAGGACGAUGCUUUCGUGACGUUGAUGUCCUUCACAAAUAACAAAAUCGAUACCUCGAAGUUAUACGACUGGGUUGUUGACCGACAUUUGAUAUGGAAGAAGCCCACAGUCAGAGCAACGAAGAAGAACUUUGCCAACGUCUUCGACCUUGCAGCACCACCAGACACGAAGGACACUCCGGCUUCCAAAGGAUUGCUCAAGGACAAAUGUCGCUUCCCACACUCGAUCGCCGAUGAAACCUGGGGACCCUGUGCGACUGCACUAGAGGCCUAUCUCCUCAGCACAGGGAAGGACAUCGAUCUCAUGUUCUCGACGCGUGGACAGAAUAUUCUUCUUGAUAUCGAAAAAUGGUUCUUUACACAGGAGACCGUCGAUUUCCAUGAAAAGCCACUGGAGAAAUGGCCCCUAGAUGAAUCCAUCCUGCGAAGACUACCAAACAUUCGGUAA